AUGUCUCUCUUCUUUGUCCGCCUCCUUCUUUUUCUCUCUCUCUCUCUGAUGCCUCCUUCUUUUGUCUGUCUCUCUCUCUCUGAUGCCUCCUUCUUUUGUCUGUCUCUCUCUCUCUCUCUGAUGCCUCCUUCUUUUGUCUCUCUCUCUCUCUCUCUCUCUGAUGCCUCCUUCUUUUGUCUGUCUCUCUCUCUCUCUGAUGCCUCCUUCUUUUGUCUGUCUCUCUCUCUGAUGCCUCCUUCUUUUGUCUGUCUCUCUCUCUCUCUGAUGCCUCCUUCUUUUGUCUGUCUCUUUCUGAUACCUCCUUCCUUUUUUCUCUCUGAUGUCUUCUUGCUUUUUUUCUCUCUCUCUCUUUCUGAUGUUGCCUUCCUUUCUCUUUUUCCAAUACCUCCUUCUUUUCUCUCUUUCCAAUACUUCCUUCUUUUCUCUCUUUCCGAUGCCUCCUUCUUUUCUCUCUUUCUGAUACCUCCUUCUUUUCUUUCUCUCUUUCUGAUACCUCACCACUCCCAUACCUGCAUUGAAUUUUUUUUGCUCAUGUCUCCUCCCCUUCUUUUUCUGUUCAUGUCUCCUCCCCUUCUUUUUCUUUCUUUUUUUGCUCAUGUCUCCUUUUCUUUUUUUUUGGGGGGGGGGGGCUCAUGUCUCUUCUUUUUCAUUUUUUUUGGUCAUAUCUCCUUUUCUUUUUUUCCCCCUGUUUUUAGCUCAUGCCUCCUCCUCCUCCUCUUCUUUUUUUCUUUUUUUGCUCAUAUCUCCACUUUUUUCUUUCAUUUUUUUUUGCUCAUGUCUCUUCUUUCCUUUAACCAACCACCUUUUCACUUUCAUCUCAUUUCAAUUUUUCUUCUCAAUUUCCUUCCUCCAAUAAUUCUUUCCUUUCUUUCACUUCACCUUCUCCUUUUUUCAUCUCUGUUCCUUCUCUAUCUUUCUUUUUCUCUAGUCCUUCCUUUUCUUUCUUAUUUUCUACAUCCAUUUUAUUUCUCUCUUCUGCCUUUGUUUUCUAUCUUCUUUCUCUUUUUGUUCACUGUUCUUUCCUUUUUCUUCCCCCGUCACCUCCUCUUUCUUUUUUCUUUUCUCCUUCCUCUUUUCACUUCCUCCUCUUUUCUCUUUCCUCUUUUCACCUCCUCCUCUUUUCACUUUCCUCUUUUCACCUCCUCCUUUCCUCUUUUCACCUCCUCCUCUUUUUCACUUUCAGAUUUUUACCUCCUCCUCUUUUCUCUUUCACUUUCCUCUUUUCACCUCCUCUUUUUUCUCUUUCCUUUUUUCACCUCCUCUUUUCUCUUUCCUCUUUUCACCUCCUCCUCUUUUCACUUUCCUCUUUUCACCUCCUCUUUCUUUUCUUUCCUCUUUUCACCUCCUCCUCUUUUCACUUUCCUCUUUUCACCUCCUCCUCUUUUCUCUUUUCACUUUCCUCUUUUCACCUCCUCUUUUUCUCUUUUCACUUUCCUCUUUUCACCUCCUCUUCUUUUCUCUUUCCUCUUUUCACCUCCUCCUCUUUUCUCUUUUCACUUUUCACUUUCCUCUUUUCACCUCCUCUUCUUUUCUCUUUCCUCUUUUCACCUCCUCCUCUUUUCUCUUUCCUCUUUUCACCUCCUCCUCUUUUCUUUCCUCUUUCACCUCCUUUUUCUUUUCUUUCCUCUUUUCACCUCCUCCUCUUUUCACUUUCCUCUUUCUCUUUUCACUUUCCUCUUUUCACCUCCUCUUCUUUUCUCUUUCCUCUUUUUCCUCCUCCUCUUUUCACUUUCCUCUUUUUCACCUCCUCUUUCUUUUCUUUCCUCUUUUCACCUCCUCCUCUUUUCUUUCUUUUCACCUCCUCCUCUUUUCUCUUUUCUUUUCCUCUUUUUUCUUCUUUUCUCUUUUCCUUUCCUCUUUUCACCUCCUCUUCUUUUCUCUUUCCUCUUUUCACCUCCUCCUCUUUUCUUUUCCUUUCCUCUUUUCACCUCCCUUCUUUUUCUCUUUCCUCUUUUCUCCUCCUCUUUCUCUUUCCUCUUGUCCUCCUCCUCUUUUCACUUUCCUUUUCACCUCCUCUUUCUUUUUCUUUCCUCUUUUCACCUCCUCCUCUUUUCCUCUUUUCACCUCCUCCUCUUUUUCUUUUUCUUUCCUCUUUUCACCUCCUCUUUUUUCUCUUUCCUCUUUUCACCUUCACCAUUUUUUUUCACCUCCUCCUCUUUUCUCUUUCUACUUUUCACCUCCUCCUCUUUUUUCUCUUUUUUCACCAUAUUUUUUUACCUCCCUUCUCUUUUUCACCUCCUCUUUCUUUUACCUGUCUUUCUAUUUUCAUGUCUUUCUUUUCUGCCUUCUUUUCUUUCUUCUGCCUCCCCUUCUCUUUUCACAUCAUUUUCUCCCCUUUUCUUUUCACUUUUCUCUUUUUCUCAUUAUCCACUUCUUUCUCUUCCUUUCACCCCUGUAUUUCUUCUUUCAUUCUUUUUUCUUUCUCCUCAUUUUUCUUCCUUAUUUUCUGCACUCUUUUUCUCCUUUCUUUCCUUUCUAUCUUACCAUUCAUUUUAUUUUCUUCCUAUUCUUGUUUUCAAUCUAUCAGAGACUAAACGUCUCUCAGCUUGA